AAACGGAGGGGAAUAUGUCUUCAAACCAAAUGAACAAGGAACUAGAUUGAAACAAGGACUAUUUAUACAAAGAAAAGGUCCUAAAAACAUACGAACUAUAAAAUGUUGGAAACUUCUUCCUUAAAAAAUGGAAACUCUGGUGACCAUCCGGCAGAUUUUCCGGCAUCAAUCACCAAAGUCACCGGAAACAUCGAUCUCUUAACGGAGAUUCUCCUUUUUCUACCUCCAAAACCUCUUAUCCGUUUCCAAACCGUUUCUAAACACUGGUUUUCCAUCAUCUCAGCUCAAAGAUUCCGUCAACUUCACUGCCGGAAAAAACACAGUUCGGGCAAAGUUGACGGACUUUUAUUCUGUUGGUGGGUCUAUGGUAACAACUAUGUUGACUUUAUCCCUUUCAAUAAUUAUGUUGACUUUAUCCCUUUCAAUAAUUGCAUGUCCAAAAAACAAAAGGGUAUUAUUCCUUUAGCAUUCAAGAAUAUUGUUGUUGACUCUACAUCUUCAAAGAUUGAACGUUUACAUUCUUGUAAUGGAUUGUUCUGUAUUGGUUUCAAUAUGGGUGUUGAAAAUGAUCAAGUGUACUAUGUUUAUAAUCCUAGUACAAAUCAGCGUAGGUUAGUUCCACUUCCAUGUACAAAGCCUCGUGAAGUUAUGGUAAUGAAUUUGGCUUUUGAUCCUAAGGUAUCUGAUUAUUAUAAACUUGUAUGUGUUAUAAAAUCAGAUGAGAUUUAUGAAUUUUCUGUAUAUUCAUCAGAAACUGGAGUUUGGAGAGAUUCAAUGGAGAUAUUGGAUAUAAAGCAACAAUAUUUUUUAGCUCAGGGUGUGUUCUUGAAUGGCUGCAUGCACUGGGUUAGUGAAAUGUUGUCCUUCUUAAGGUUCGAUUUGGAUUCUUUAAGCUUUAGAGCCAUGCCUAGCACAGUGAUUCCUAGUGGGGUGUUGAAAAGGAAUAUAAGGUAUUUUGGGCAGUCUAGUGGACAUUUGCAUCUUAUUGAAGUAUAUGGUUUUAUGUCAAUGAGUUUUGAUGUCCUUGAGUUGGAGACUGAUUAUUCUAAGUGGUUUGUGAAGUGUCGUGUUGAUCUUAGUUCAUUGCAUAUUGCUUAUCCAUUAAUGUUGAGUGAGGAACUUGAUUUACUAGAUGUUAACCGUCGCACUUGCAAUGUUGUAUGUGUUGUGGUGGAUGAUAAGGAAAAGACAACAAGAUUGUUGGUUAGCACACCGGAUGUUAUUGUUGAAUAUGAUACUCGUCGUAUGACAAUCAAAGAGGUUACGAGUGUAGAAAAUGGAAAGAUACCUGUUAUGUGGGAAGGUGUUUCGGUGUUUGAAUGGUAUGACACUCACCAAUAUGUUGAGACAAUGGCUUGUGUCUGAUAUUCCUAUACGGUUUCUUGCUAUAUUCGCUUUCAAUUUAAAAAUUAUUGACGU